GCUGGGAUACCCCCACCUUCUGGUACAAUAAACAUGAUAUCGGGUGGUGUUCACUCAGGGGGCCAAAGCGCCCGAGCUCGCAAGGCAUAUGGUCGACAGGUGAUGACCGUCAACAAAAACAGACCAUUGAAACGGCCGUUUGAGGAAGCAGAAUGGGAAAAUACGCCCAUUACAUUCAGCCCGGCAGAUUAUAAGCGCGCAGAAGGAGAGCCCGACAUUAUGAUGCCCCAUGCAGAUCCCUUUGUAGCAACAGUUCAUAUAGGCAAUCAUAAUGUCAAUAAGGUGUUUAUUGACACCGGCAGUUCGCCAGACAUCCUGUACUGGGGUUGCUUCCAGAAGAUGCAGCUAAAUCCGAGCUCGCUGCAGAAGCAUGAAGGCCCAAUAUAUGGGUUCGAUAACCAGCCCGUCCCGGUUGAGGGAGUUAUCACUCUUCCUAUAUAUGUGGGCUCAGAACCGUGCUUUAGGAUGGCUUCUGUCACCUUCUUGGUCGUCAAGAUGGAAUCAGCCUUCAAUGCCAUAUUGGGAAGAGCCACACUGUGCGAGCUGAAGGCUGUUAUCUCACAGCCCCAUCUCUGUAUGAAAUUCCCAACUCCUCAAGGGGUAGGAGUGCUGAAAGGGAAUCAGAGGAUGGCUAGAGCUUGUUACCAAGACACGUUCAAGAAGGUCGAGCUCGCCGCAGUUUCGGCGAGCACAGAAGCUCAUAAGCCAACCCAGCUCGGUCAACAAACAAUGAGCAUAUCAGACAUUGAGCAUCGACCUGAGAGCGUUGAGCAGAAGGCAGAGCCAGUAGAGCCAGUGGAAACGGUGCCUUUAAACCCGGAUGUGCCGGAGAGAACGGUGAAGAUCGGCACUAAAAUCACAGAAGAAGAGCGGGCAGGGCUUCUAGAAUUCCUAAGGACUAAUCAGGACGUAUUCGCGUGGACUACGGAUGAAAUGCCUGGCAUCCCGGCAGAAUUGACAGUCCACAAGCUCAGCACAGACCCCACCAGAAGGCCAGUGGUGCAAAAGCGUCGCCUUUUUGGCCCCGAGAAGCAAGCUGCCAUUGACGAGGAGAUACAAAAGCUGCUACAGGCAGGCUUCAUCAGAAGAGUGGAGUACUCCGAAUGGGUGUCCAACCCCGUGCUCGUCAAAAAACCAAAUGGCAAGUGGAGGAUGUGUAUUGACUUCACUAACCUUAAUGAUGCAUGCCCGAAAGACCCUCACCCCUUGCCAAAUGUCGAGAAGUUAGUGGAGCGGGCAGCAGGACACGAACGGAUGAGCUUCCUUGAUGCCAGUUCGGGUUAUCAUCAGGUCCAGCUGUUGCUGGAUGACCAAAAUGCUGGAGCAACAUACCAGAAGCUGGUGCAAAUCAUCUUUAAGCUCCAGAUCGGUAGAAACAUAGAAGUAUAUAUGGAUGACAUGAUAGUCACCAGCAUGCGAGUUGAAGAUCACAUUGACGACCUGGACGAAACAUUUCAAAACUUACGGCGAGCUCAAAUGAAAUUGAAUCCCUUGAAAUGCACGUUUGCUGUAGAAUCAGGGAAAUUCCUAGGGUACGUGGUAUCCAAGAAAGGAAUCGAAGCAAACCCAGAGAAGGUUGAGGCCGUUCAGCAGAUGGAGCCGCCAAGGACUGUCAAAGACGUGCAGCGUUUGACGGGCCGUGUUGCUGCGCUGCACAGGUUUAUAGCCAAGUCGGCAGAAAGAUGCCUCCCGUUCUUCAAGGCCCUGCAAGAGCCCAAGAAUUUUCAAUGGACUGAGGCGUGUCAGCAGGCCUUUGACGAGCUCAAACAAUACUUGGCGUCAGCGCCCCUGCUAUCCAAGCCUGUGGACGGGGAAAGCUUGUAUCUGUAUUUAGGGGUUACAGCAGAGGUGGUUAGCUCGGUCUUGCUCAGGGAAGAGAAUAAGAAUCAGAAACCAAUCUGUUACGUCAGCAAAGUCUUACAAGGCGCCGAGCAGAAUUACCCAGUAGCGGAAAAGGCCGCUUUUGCCUUGGUUUACACAGCUCGAAAGUUGAGAGCUUACUUCCAAUCACAUCAGAUUGUUGUCUAUACCGAUCUACCUUUGAGAAAAAUAUUGCAGAAACCUGAACUCUCAGGUCGGCUUAUUGGGUGGAGCGUCGAGCUGAGUGAAUAUGACCUGAAGUUUCAGCCGCGCACAACCAUAAAAGGCCAGGCCAUUGCAGACUUUUUGGUAGAAUGCAUCUCGGCGACGGAGAAAGACAAGGCACUUGAUUACCCAGCCUGGGUUCUGUAUGUUGAUGGAGCUGCUAAUGUUGAAGGAUCAGGUGCUGGGGCUGUGCUGAUAGGCCCAAAUGGCUUUAAAUCUAAACAUGCAUUGCGGUUUAAGUUCCAAACCACUAAUAAUGCUGCUGAGUAUGAAGCCCUCAUCUAUGGUUUGAAGCUGGCGUCCGAGCUGAAGGUACAGAGCAUACAAAUUUUCAGUGACUCUCAGCUCGUGGUGGGCCAGGUAAAUGGCAGUUGUGAGGUUAGGGAUCCCCAGCUCGGCCGUUACACCUCUGUGGUCAACAGUUUAAAGUUAAGAUUUGCUUCAUUUCAGAUCGACAAAAUACCAAGAGCUGACAACCACCGAGCUGACGAACUGUCAAAGUUAGCCUCCUUGCGGGACUUUAACCCUCAGAGGUCAACCAUCGUCGAAGUGCUAGACGCCCCGAGCUACACUGAUUUCACGGUCGAGUGUCAGCUACUAUGCACAGAUACCACCACGCCGAGCUGGACUACCCCACUUAUAAAUUAUCUACAAAGUGGCGAGUUACCUGUGGAUCUGUCUGCUGCGAAGUUGGUUAAGCGAAAGGCAGCACAUUUCACUUUGUUGGAUAACAAGCUCUACAAACGAGCAGCCUCAAUGCCCCUAUUACGCUGCCUUACUCCUUACGAAGCUGAAUACGCUGUAAGAGAAGUUCACGAAGGAGUAUGUGGCAUGCACAUCGGUGGCAGAACUCUAGCUCGGAAGCUCCUGAGGCAUGGUUAUUACUGGCCCACUAUGGUCGAGGACGCACAGAACUAUGUUAAAAAGUGCCCGACCUGCCAGUUCAAUGCUGAUGAUAUUCACAUGCCAGGGGAAAUGCUAUCAUCCCUUGCGUCUCCCUGGCCUUUUGCUCAAUGGGGUGUCGACCUGCUCGGCCCUUUCAUCAAAGGCAAAGGAGGCUGCACUUUCCUGGUCGUUGCAGUGGAUUACUUCACUAAAUGGAUAGAAGCUAAACCAUUAUCCACGACAACAGAAAGGAAAAUUGAAGAAUUCUUGUUCAAUUCCAUAUUGUGCAGGUUCGGCAUACCUAGGAGGAUUAUCGCCGACAAUGGGCCACAGUUCCGAGUAGCAGCACUGAAAUCGUUUUGUAACGACUAUGGCGUUGAGCUCGUUUUGACAUCUGUGUACACUCCACAGUCCAAUGGGCAAGCCGAGUCCGGCAAUAAAAUCGUCUUGCGAGGCCUCAAGACACGAGUGCUGGCUGCACAUUCUAAUUGGGUUGACGAGCUCAAUAAAGUGCUCUGGUCUUGUCGCACAACACCCAGCUCGGCGACAGGCGAAACCCCUUUCAGCCUGGCCUAUGGAGCUGAAGCUGUCAUCCCAGUCGAGGUCGUCACUCCUGAACUUCCUGGUUCCAGGUCGUCACUCCUGAACUUCCUAGUCGUCACUCCUGAGUUUCCUGCUUCUAGGUCGUCACUCCUGAACUUCCUGGUUCCAGGUCGUCACUACCGAGCUUCCUGGUUUCAGGUCGUCACUCUUAAGCUUCCUGCUUCCAGGUCGUCACUAAUGAGCUUCCUGCUUCCAGGUCAUCACAACCGAGCUUCUUGGUUUCAGGUCGUCACUCUUGAGCUUCCUGGUUCCAGGUCGUCACUACCGAGCUUCCUGGUUCCAGGUCGUCACUCCUCAGUUUCCUGCUUCCAGGUCGUCACUCUUGAGAUUCCUGGUUUCAGGUCGUCACUCUUGAGAUUCCUGGUUUCAGGUCGUCACUCUUGAGCUUCCUGCUUCUAGGUCGUCACUAUUGAGCUUCCUGCUUCCAGGUCGUCACUCCUGAGCUUCCUGGUUUCAGGUCGUCACCUCAGUUUCUUGGCUCUAUGUCAUGAUGCCUCGGCUCCGGCCGCGAUGAUUCCGGUC